UGGAGGGAGAAAUUUAUUUCUAACAUUAUUUUUCAUUUUCAUCGAAAACAUUCCCGCCUUGCUGCUCUCUCUACUCUCUCUUCUCCGAGGCUUUUUUUUUUUUUUUUUUUUUUUUNGUCGGUCUCUUCUCGAAGAUCUUCGCCUGCUACCUCCGUUUCUCUCGUCUAAAUGGCUCGAAAGAGGACUAAAACUACAACUGAGCCCUCAAAGGAGAUCAAAGCGAAAGGAAAAUUCACCAGAGCCAAUAAGUGUAUGAAAACAACUACUAAAAAAUCCCAUGAUUCUGGAAAACAUACUAGUGGAACAGAGGAGAAGUCUCCUUCUAAAUGUUCAGCUGAGUCUCCAUCUUCUCUGGAUCAAAAGCUGCUACAUACCCCAGAUCGAGCUCAAAAAGUACCUGUCCUUGAUCUCCAUUCGUGCAAAGAGGUUCCAAGUUCUGGAAAAAUGAAGUUGCAGCUCUUUCCUUUGGAUGUUCGUACCCGUGAAGGUUUGGAAAAGGACGGCUUUCACCCAUACUUGGAACUCACUCUUAGCUCACGGAAGAAGAUUUCUUCAGUACUUCAACACAUUCACAGUAAGUGGGGCAGCUCAGAGAUUGCCCUGGGAGAUCCCACGUUGUACCCAUAUGAUAAACCACUACUUGCUUCUGGUCAUAAAUGGAUAGCAAACAGCAACAUCACUACCGGUGCUGUCUAUGAGGCUAUUGGAGCUCCACCACUUUUCCGCUUAAGGUAUGGGUGGUCUUCUGACAUUGAACGUAAAACCCAUGAACCGCCAUGCCCUUCAACUCCGGGUAUUGCUUGUUUUCAGAACGAAGAACUACAUAACAAUGGUAAUAAGGUAGAGGGUGCCAGUUUUACUGGAAAGCAGAUGCUUGGUUUAGACAACCCAUUGACAAUGCUGUCCUCUUCAAAUCAAGUAACUGGCAUGCCUCCCUCGGAAAACAUACCUACCGAUGAACAAGUUGAGUCGGAUAACAAGAUACACGAUGAGUCUGGCCCGACAUUGUUAUUCUGGGAUGAUGGAUUGACAAGCCUAAGUAUUGGUGGCUUGCUAUCAGAAGUAUCAUUGAAGGUAAACUUUGGGAAUCACUGUAAAAAUUCAAACGCAACUCUCUGGGAAGACAAUCUUACAAACAUAAGCAUUGGGGGUCUGUUUUCCGAGGCUUCUUUACAAGAUAGAUGUAAUAUUAAACACCAACAAGAACCAGCUCAUUAUAAUAACAAUGGUCAGUCAAGUGGAAGUAUCGGAGGCUUUCUUUCUGAACCAUCACCAGUAGGAGAAGGAAGGUUUAGUGACUGUAGCAAAACAGGGGAAACAAAGAGAGCUAUCAAACAAGCACCAGUACCUCUAAUAUCUGAUUCAUUAAAUGCUUUCCUCGAAAACCAAACAGAUCACCCUCGAGAACCAUGCUCUGAUAUUCCUCCUGAGCCGUCACACUUAUCUAUAUUCGAUGCAGAAGAUACGUGUCAUGCAUUUUCAUUUCGAAAGCGUACAACAACCUCACCGAAGGUUCACGAGCAGGGAAAUGGAAAAGCUGAGAAGGAGCAACAGAAAGAUGACUCGAAACCUGCAAAACCAUUAUUUGGUUCCACGGUGUUUAAUCAGGACAGCAGCCUCGGAUUUUCAGGAAUCAAGUGGGCUGAGUCACGGGGACCAUUUGAUUUCGGUUUAUCUUCAUCGCGGAAGUUUACUAAUGGAGACAGUGUAAGCUUCGGUGCUGUGGUAAAAGAUUUGCAGGAAAUGGAGCCUUUAGAAGAGAAAACAAAGAUUCAAAAGCAUUGAAACACAUGAGCACUAUUCAACAGGUACAACAAAUCAACGCAUUCCAAAUAUAAUAACGUCUCAAAAUAACGUCUCAACAGGAACCCUUUAUUUUAGAACUCCUCUCUGAUACAACAAAUUGUGACAAAAACUCUUUCUGCGUGUUUUGAUUGACAGGGAAAGGUAAAUACUAAACAUGUUUCAAUAGGACCAGAAGAUCCUUUAAAAAUAAAGAGGAAUUGGUCUCUAUCCAACUGAAGAGCAAGUAUAGUGAUGUAGAUGGUCUCUGAACAAAUCAUCAGAGUGUAAAUAUAAUAUACUCUUUGAUCUGUCUGCUUCACCUUACUAUCUCUUUCCAACUUUCAAAAUGUUCAAAAUCCAAAUGGUAAACAUAUCUUAUGUCAA